AUGGCCGAUUCCAACCAGCCCGGCACCAUCGCGCGGGCCACCAAGCCCGUCAGCGAGGCUCUGCUUAACGAGAAGUGGGACCGCGCCAUCUCCUCCGUGAUCAUCAAGUCCUCCCUCGGUCUGUCUUUCGGUGUCGUCUUCUCCGUUCUCCUGUUCAAGCGCAGAGCUUGGCCCGCAUGGAUUGGUCUCGGCUUUGGUGCCGGUCGUGCUUGGGAAGAGGCUGAUGUCUAUUUCCGCACCAUGGAGCUUGCAAGCUCGCCCAUGGCCGGCUAUCUGCUUUCCGCCGAGCUUUCCUCCGAUUUCCGUCAUCACUCGUCCUCCUUCCGCCGUGGUGACUCUCCUAUCAGAGAUGCUCUUCGCCGGUAA